GGGAACUAAAAAAUAAACUUGAUUCUUUGUUCAUUUAAAAUUGGCCAUCACUUUUAACUCGGCCAGCGCCUUUCAAACUCUAAACGGUGUACUAAUUAGAUCCGGACUCACCUCCAACCUCCAUCUUCAAAUUAUCACACGACAUUCUUCUGUCACACGCUCUGACAGACUAACAGAUCCCACUCUGCAAAACAGCGUGCGAACCACAUCAGCGGCAUUGUGCCUCAUGCAUGCCUACAGCUCCACUAUGUUCUCUGUGUGACGUAAAGUUGGCAACACUGUCAGUUUUUCCCUUCAAUGAUCAGCUCUUUGAUUCACAAUAUGUGUAAAAUGCCCCUAUUGAAUCCAUAAGAAUAAGACAAGUAAUCUUUGUGGUUUGCUAUGAUGUGCUGUGAUGUAGUCCUUAUUUCAUUUCUUUGUCAAAGACCUCAAAUUUCUAGUGAGACUGCAGUUAAUCUGUGUGAAAGUUAGCCAAACAUUAGAAUCCUGCAUCUUUAUCUGUGUGAACUCAGUAUUGGGGACAAAUCAAUACGAAUAAAUAAAAGUUCACUUUAGGUGAUGUGGCCAUGUGGAUCAAUCUAAUUAGGAAAAUAAGGGGGACAUUAAGGCAAACAUGCAGUGUGUAACUCCGCCUGUUGAUCCAAGACCAUCCUCCAUUCCUCCUCCUCCUCUUGUCAUUACUUUCGUCACUUAACAAAAAAAGCAGCGUGGAUCGCUGCAGAGCGCGCAACGUGUUUUUAGACAGACCCCCACCACAACCACUACUCCUCCCCCUUUUACAUUUUUUCCUCUUCCGCAGGAUUUGGGGGAUCCGUGUCGCGGACUUUUCCUAAUUUGGACUUGUAUUACAUGGAGUGUCUUUUUGCCGAAAGUGCUGCUUGUCGUCACGGUGCAAGGUAAAACUCAUAAUAACGUCUAAUUGAGCUAAUGGUGAUUGAAGGGGGAGACGGGACAAACGCAUGAGGCGAGGACAGGAAAUCGUGAAAUGUUUGGAGGCGCAACAUUACAACAAGAUGAGUAACCAAACCCUGACUGAGGUGUUUUGACCCAAGAUGCCUUUAGUUGAUGGGACUGUGAUAUUUCCGGGACUGUCAAAGCCAUCAGAUAUGUCAGGGUUUUUUGAGAAACCCGUGCUGCAGUACGGCGGGCGCUAUUUUUCCGACAACCCCCGUGGAAAGGAUGAGGCGGCGUAUAAGCCAUCUUGCAUUAACUCAAACUCCUCGUUGUUGGAUGCUAGAAGUCCUAUUAGUCAUCUGUCUGAGACACAAGGACAAGGCCUCGUCAUUCGCAGACAAGACAGCAAUUCCUCAGAUGACGGCCAUUCUUCCUCAAAGCAUCACACGCAGUUCACGCUGGGCUUCACGGCGUACUCUAAUAAAGGUCCAGGAAGCAGCAGUCCAACAGCAGCAACAUCAGCGACGGUUAUAAAAACUAAAACACAAGGCGAGAAUGCAUCUCCGCUAUCUCAGAGCCCCCCUGUUUACCUGGCUAUUCCUAAAGCUAUGUAUGGACAUAACCCCUGCUGCCGUGACCUGGGUUGCACUGUGGGACAUUGGUACAGUGAAGAGCAUAGAUCCCAGCAAAUGCCAGCGAAUGCUGAUUUGAAGCACUGUUGGACACAAGCUCAAGUUCACCACAGCAGAAGAUCACCCAUCAUCCAGCGGAGGGAAGAAGACACCCCAAGAGGUUUACAACUGGAUCCCGGUGAUGAGCAAAUCCAGAUUGGAGCGAGCCCAAGCCGAGGAAGGAUUUUGCCAGUUAGGAUAGAGCCAAACUACAGCCCCUACACCUGUAUGUCUCCCCACUCCAUGUUUGCUUCUUUCAUCGAGCAGAACCGAAAUGUACAGGCAUCUCCCAGGGGCUAUGCAGGCAUCCUCCCCUCCAAUGCAACAUAUGAGCAUAUGACCUCAGAGCUUUACAAAGAAUGUUCUCCCAUGACCAAAUAUGGGCAUCUAACAAAGCAUCCACCGCGUUACUCUUCGCAGGCCAAAGUGGAGGUAGAAAACAGGACACAUCAUAAUGAUACUGAUGCGAUGCAAAGUGAGGACACCCCCCCUAUGCGAGAAAACACAGUCCCAAGCCAGCGGGACCAUUAUGCAUUCCCUCUGUUGCUUCAUGGGGACAUUCCUUUGUUUUUGCAUAGCCCUGAAACACUAGCACAUCACCCCUUUGUGCAAGGCUUUGACUAUCCAUGUUAUGCUCUUCCUGGGUUUCAUUUAAGUCAAAACAGAAGCCUAAAAAGGCAGCAGGCCCCACAUGGGCUUCAUUCAAAUAGCCUUCCCUACUCAGCCCACUGUUUAGACCACCCAAUGACCUCGGCAGCCAAUAACAUCAGCCAGUAUGUUGGACCAUCACACACUCCGCAUUCCUUCUUGAGAAUGGACCAAAUCAGUCCAACACGAUUCCCACUUGUGUCACCUUCCCACAUUCAAAUGAGAAGAUUCUUUCCCUCUCUUGCCAGCCGACACUUGGAUCAACCUGUACGCUCCCCCUCUGGCUUACCGAUAGACACGGUCUCGGACUGUUCAUCUUGUGAAAGCCAGGUCACAUGCCCAAAACAGCCCAGGGACCUCCCAGUUUCCCCAGUAAUGUGGCUUCCUCUGUACUCCAAUCAGAGCCCUGAUUGCGACCGUGAAGCUUUAGCUAAUUCUUCUAAUCUUCAUACUGUCAUUGCACCAGAACAUAAACACGGUGAUGCAUCCACCCCUGUUCUUAAAGGUACCAUGAAGAGAAGCCACUCUGAUGCACUUCCGUUGAUCAAAAUUAAAGAGGAAACUUUGGAUUUACAUGAAACUGACUUGUAUAAAAAGCGACACAAGGUAGAAACGGAGGAUGUAAGAAAUGAAGCAGAGUCUCUUAAAAUGCCAGUUAUUGACAGUGUGUUUAGCCUGGCACCUUACCAAAGGCAUAUGCUGGAAUCUGGAGUGCUACCUCCAGACGGGGAACCUCAGAGAACCGAGCUGUCGCCUGAAAACAGUGAAAUUAAACACACAGAGUGCAUAAAAGAAAUAGAAUCUCUUCCACAAGGACCCGCUACUCAAGCCUGUCCAGGUGUGCCUGUUGGAGAAAUGAUAGAAGUAAAAAAUAUCAAAGUGGAGAAAGUAAAUCCACCCGACACAUGUGACUCAAGUGAAGGUUCUCUCAGUCUGGCCACAAAGAAUCAAAUCAAAAUAGAACCAGAAGAGCCAGUUUUCUCAGAAAUCAGCUCUUUGUUGGUCAUUCAAAAAUGUGAACCUGUGGAACUUGAAACUAAAGCUUCAUCUUUAGAAGAACCUCCGUGCUCACCUAAUCCGAGAACACCACACGAAGAGCAGGUGGUCAGCACCACUGAGCCUCAACCUCCGAGUCCACCUCAACCACCGGAACCCAAAUCUGACAAUAGAACUGUUCCAUAUGAGUGCCUCAAAAUGUCAUCCUACAAUAUCAUCAGCCUUCAUGAUUUGAAGUUCCCUAGUGCAGCACCUCCUCAAGAAACCAUGGAAGUCAGGUCAUUAGCACCAAAAAAACAAGUGCAAGCACCAGUUCGUAAGCACUUCAUAGAGCUGCACCGCUCCCUCUGCAAGCUGGUGUCCAAAUGUGUGUCUGCCACCUCGGAGCAGCAUCUCAGAACCUGGCUGGCUCAGCAGGAGCUGCCAGAACUCUCCACCAAAAUCCAGAAAAUAACCAGCUUGUUGGGAAUGAAAGCAAGACAUAAAUGGCUCAAUGAGGAGAUCAACUCUGCUCUCCAGGAAGUGCUGGAUAGGUUGAAGGAGUACAUCAUGCAGGGGCGCUGUCCUUUCCCGUACGUCAUGCGGACGGGGGCUGUGUUCCUCCCUAUGCUGGUGGUCAAAGAACUGCUUUUCCCUGUGGUCCCUGGCACCUUCAUCGACCAAGUCCUUCAAGAACAUAAAGUGGAACUGAGGCCCACGACACUCUCUGAGGAGAAGAUCCUCAUCCAGUUGCUUAAACGAAACUGCUCGUCUCGACUCAGGAGGUUGAUGUCACUCAAACAUCUGCCCAGCGUCUACACGGAUGUGCUCAACCUUUUCUAUUACUCCAAUGUCUGCAAACACUUAGGGGUAGACCCAGAAGAGCACUUGGAGGUCUGUGAAGCCUCCAGCAUCAGCAGCUCUUCACCAAGCUCACCUAAAUCCACACCAAGACGCCAGAGCACUGCUAAAAAGACUAAAAGCCGAGUGAAGAGCAGCUCGCGGCGAAUGUUCCUGGACAACAGCUGGUCCAAUGAUGAAGAUGACGCCUCCCCGAAGAGCAAAGAAUUGAACAAUAAAAAAAACGGAGAAGCUUCACCCACAAGCUCAGAGAACAUGUGGACGUGCCCGUUAACCUCAGACGACGACUUGGAGGAUUCUUCGGUUCAAACCACAUUUCAAGCUGCAUCUGGCAAGGGUUCAAGGAUGGUUCUGAAGCUGAAAAGGAUGCUGGGUCACGGGUUGAAGAGGAAAAAGGCUCGUUACCAAGCGGUCUCGCAGGAGGAGGACCACGACACAGAGCAGGACACCUUAGGUCUUCUCAGCUGCACACAGAAACAAAGAAAAAGAUCUCUCUUAAAGAUCAAAUACUGUCCCUACUUGUCCGCCUCUCACAGCACUGAACACAGGAGGCGCUGGGUCCUGCGCUCUGCUGUGCGGCACGCUAAGAAGGUCAUGAAGUUCUCCUACCCAGACCUGGUGGGGAAGAGAAUAAGCCACCUGUACGAGGAGGAUGACGGAGCCGAGGUGUGGUACCGAGGGCAAGUGGUGCGUGUGCACGAGGCCCACAGCAACCCUUUAAAGAUCGUUUUUGAGGUGCAUUAUGACAGCGAACCCGAGUGGAAGUACUACCUGGAGCUGCUGAUGGAUUACAGGAAGGGAUGGAUCAAGAUAGAUGAGGACACAUGAUGGCCGUCAUGCAGCUAUAGUCAUUAGCCGACAACACACCCAGCAUGCACUCACAGGACACAACAUUAGGUACAUUAGCGUUGAAGUACAACAGUUUUUUUUUUGCUUCCUCCACUUGCCAUCAUGAUUCACCAUUGAAUUAUUCACAGUUGAUUGGUGCAGUUAAUGUCUAGCAAAGGAACUUCAUUUUGUCUUUUGUAACACAUUUUUAUUCGUAUCAUUAUUUCAUACCUAUUUCAUGUAUAUUCCAAAACACACAUUACAUUACUGGUACGCACCAGUGGUACUCAGUUUGAGGUAUACAACAAAUUCAUUCUACUCCACUGCAAACUACAACCACAAUUUAGAUAAAAGUGUUUCCUGUGUAUCAAAAAUGCAAAUGCCUGUUGUGGUUAAGUCUGAAAGUUACUGGCUGCUCUUUUAUAUCAAGACUUGUUUGAAGUAAAAGAAAUGCUUGGCCAACAGCAUGGCUAUGUAUGUUAGUGACUAUGUAUGUUAGUAAGUAGAGCAGGGGUAGGGUACCUAUGACUGACAUCAAACUUUUACGCCGACAUUUUAAGCUAAGGGAAAGUUUAAACACGAUAAAGCACUAAGUACAAAAAUACAACCAGCGAUAAAGCCUCAUUUUCGGGGAUCCCCACUCUUAUCCUGACACAGGUUUUCAGUGCGCGGGGAUUGUGGACCCCAUGAUAAAUGGCGUACCCCACUGUUGGAACCUCGGGCUUAUGUGAUGGCUAUGUUUGAGUGACGUGCCCACAAUCCUUGUUUCAUUAAAAAGGGCAUUUUGUAAAAGGUUUAAAUAAAGGUUUUGUAAUGUUUUCAAU